AAGAUGCCCUACCAUUUCUUUUUAUAGAGUACAAAACUGUUGGGAAGUCUUCCCUACUACUUACUAGUAAUCGAAUUUUAAUAUAACUUCUUGAAAUUUAAUAGUAUUUCAUAAUUGUAUGACUAACAAUAAGCUGUAAAGUAAUAUUUUCACAUACUAAAAAACCUAUAAAGCUUUUCUGUAAUUAAUGCAUUUUAUUAUUUUCAACUUACACACUACCUUUUGAGUCAGGUUUAUGUUUUUAGUUGGGUUGACUAUCAGAUGCAUUUUUUUUUGUUGACUUAAUUUUCAAUCCUUGAAUUCUAUAGAGCAGCUUAAUAUUUUCUUUAGAUUGUAUUUUACUUCAAUUUCAAUUUAAGAAGCAUCUGUCAAAAUGACACUAUGAGGAAUCAUAUUCAAACUUUAUGUACAUUUUGCUGGUAAAUUUCAUGGUGUUCUAAAAUCAUUUCAUAUGGAAAUUAGUAAUCUGCAUGUUUCCUAUCUUAAUAUUAGAAUAGUGAACUUUAUCUUGUAAACAUACUAUGUAAACAUAUAUAUAUUAAUGUACUUUUAAAAACCAUGCUUCCUGAUUUGUUUCAUUUGCGUGGAGUAUCAGUUUCAUGUUCCUUUAUAUUUGCUGAAACAAGUUUUUUUGUUAUUUUUAUAAAAAUCAGAUAGUACUUGUACUAAAUACUGAAUAGGUAAGGUUUUGUCAACAUGUUUUUUAACUCAACAAAAUCUGUUUCUGGAAAUGUUUUUUAUUAUUAUGAUAGAUGUAUAAUGAUUUUUUUCUUCUGUAUCUUAAACAUCUUGUGGUUAAAUGGCGUGGUAACCUAGUAAAUAUCCAACUGAAACUGUGAUAUUUAAUUACCAACUAAAAUAUCUGUGGUUUGGAGAUUAUUCUGUUGUAAUCAAAGAGUAGUUACGUGCCAUUUGGAAAAUUAUUGGCGAGCAGAUAAUAUUGGCUGGAGUACGAAAUGCUGAUCUGCUUCAGGAGGGAAUUUGUUUACUCUGAAUAGGAAGAACUCUCCGAGCAUCGUUACUCCACUACAUUUUGUUAGUAACAAGAUUUUUAAUGAUCAGCUACCUUUGCUGAAAUGGGAUUUGAUUUACUAACUCAAAAUAUUUCAUAGAGCAUUCUGCAGGGAGAGCCUUCGAGAGGAGGAAUGAGAAAACAUCUGGUAGAGCGGAUUUACUGUCCACGUUAGUUAAAAUGGUUGUACAACAGUUUUUUUUCUUUCACUUUUUUUUAGCAAAAGUAAAUAACACACUUGGUGUGUCACUGAUAAGACCCAUUUUUCUGUGAGAGGUAAAGGAGACCAACAGAAAUGCAAGGUUAAAGAAAAGCUGGUGAAGAUAACUGUCUCUGAACAAGGAUUGCAAAAAGAAAUCAAAGAAGUCCGAUGACGUAGCUUUGCCAGAGACUUAAAAGCUAAGCAGAAAAUGAGCUUAACAUCCUGGUUUUUGGUGAGCAGUGGAGGCACUCGCCACAGACUGCCCCGGGAGAUGAUUUUUGUUGGAAGAGAUGACUGUGAGCUCAUGUUACAGUCUCGUAGUGUGGAUAAGCAACAUGCUGUAAUCAAUUAUGAUGCCUCUACAGAUGAACAUUUGGUGAAAGAUUUGGGCAGCCUUAAUGGGACUUUUGUGAAUGAUGUAAGGAUUCCAGAACAGACUUAUAUUACUUUGAAACUUGAAGAUAAGCUGAGAUUUGGAUAUGAUACAAAUCUUUUUACUGUUGUACGAGGAGAAAUGAGGGUCCCAGAAGAAGCUCUUAAGCAUGAGAAGUUUACCAUCCAGCUUCAGUUGUCCCAAAAGUCUUCAGAAUCUGAAUUAUCAAAAUCUGCAAGUGCCAAAAGCACAGAUUCAAAGGCAGCAGAUUCUGCCACGGAAGUGCAGCACAAAGCUACAGAAGCCCUGAAGUCUGAGGAAAAGGCUGCUGAUACUUCUGCUGUGCCUCGAGGUACUCCAUUAUAUGGGCAGCCAUCAUGGUGGGGGGAUGAUGAGGUAGAUGAAAAAAGAGCUUUCAAGUCAAAUGGAAAAACUGAAGAAAAAAAUCAUGAAACUGGAACAUCAGGGUGCAGCGUAGAUGCCAAUGCCAAGCAAGUUGAGGAACAGCCUUCUGCAGCCACAAAUGAAGAAGCACUUUUUCCUUUCUGUAGGGAACCAAGUUAUUUUGAAAUUCCUACAAAAGAGUUCCAGCAACUAUCACAAAUAACAGAGAGCACUAUUCAUGAGAUUCCAACAAAAGACACGUCAAGUCCUCAUACAGCAGGUGCAGGGCAUGCUUCAUUUACCAUUGAAUUUGAUGACAGUACCCCAGGAAAGGUAACCAUUAGAGACCAUGUGACAAAAUUUGCUUCUGAUCAACGCCACAAGUCAAAGAAAUCUUCCCCUGGGACUCAAGACUUGCCGGGAAUUCAAACAGGAAUGAUGGCACCGGAAAACAAAGUAGCUGACUGGCUAGCACAAAACAACCCUCCACAAAUGGUAUGGGAAAGAACAGAAGAGGAUUCAAAAAGUAUUAAAAGUGAUGUUCCAGUAUACUUGAAAAGGUUGAAAGGAAAUAAACAUGAUGAUGGUACACAGAGCGAUUCAGAGAAUGCCGGUGCUCACAGGCGCUGUAGCAAACGAGCAACUCUUGAGGAGCAUUUAAGGCGCCACCAUUCUGAACAGAAAAAGUUGCAGAAGGUUCAGGCCGCUGAAAAGCAUCAAGACCAAGCUGUUGUAAGUCAAACUGCUUUUAUGAUUGCGUUCUUUGAUGAAGACAAUCCCAAAAAAAGAAGGUCAUAUUCUUUCACUCAAAGUACGGGAGUCUCGAAUCAGGAAACUGCAAAUUCACUACCACAUACAAAAUUUGAAAAAGCAAAGUCUCCAACAGCAGAUGCCAAAGUGGUUUCUUUGUCUUUACAGACUAGCUCUGCGCAUCACAGAGGGGGGCAUGGUGUUCCACAUGGGAAAUUGUUAAAACAGAAAUCAGAGGAGCCAUCGGUGUCAAUACCCUUCCUACAAACUGCAUUAUUAAGAAGUUCAGGGAGUCUUGGGCACAGACCAAGCCAGGAGAUGGAUAAAGUGUUAAAAAAUCAAGCCACUUCUGCCACUUCUGAAAAGGAUAAUGAUGAUGACCAAAGUGACAAGGGUACUUAUACCAUUGAGUUAGAGAAUCCCAACAGUGAGGAAGUGGAAGCAAGAAAAAUGAUUGACAAGGUGUUUGGGGUAGAUGACAAUCAGGAUUAUAACAGGCCUAUUAUUAAUGAGAAGCAUAAAGAUCUGAUAAAGGAAUGGGCUGUCAGUUCUGCUGCAGUCAUAAUGGAAGAGAGGAAACCACUGACCACACCUGGAUUUCACAGCUCAGAGCUUCAGGAAGCUACGUCUUCAUCUGGAAGCAAACGUUGGGUUUCACAGUGGGCUAGCUUGGCUGCCAAUCAUACAAGGCAUGAUCAAGAUGAAAAGAUGGAAUUAUCUGCACCUGUUCCUUUUGAAAAUGAUACCGAUAUCAGUGAAUCUGGCAUUUCGGUGAGAAGUACUGGCUCUGUAGCUUCCCUGGCUAGUCAGGGAGAGAGAAGGAGGCGGACCCUUCCCCAGCUUCCAAAUGAGGAGAAGUCUCUUGAGAACUCCAGAGCAAAAGUUACAGCCCAGAGGUCGGAGAUCGGAGAAAAACAAGACACAGAACUGCAGGAGAAAGAAGCACCUACGCAGGCCCUCCAGAAAGAUAAACAGGAUACUGACAGAAACCUUAAUAAAAUGAGCAGGGCUGUGAAUGGUGAGACCCUUAAAACUGGUGGAGAUCAUAAAACCCUACAUCACUUAGGACACCCUGCUACAGGAAAGGAGAGAAAUGAAAGUGAUAAGGAAACUUCCUUGGUGAAGCAGACACUAGCAAAAAUUCAACAAGAACAGAAGGAGCAGGCCCAGUGGGCACCUACUAAACUGUCGUCGAAAACUCUUUCAAGCCAGAUAGACCAGUGUACGGAAGAAUCUUUGAAACAAGAUUCGCAACCUCAAGAAAAAAUGACAGGACCUUCUACAAGCAAAGGAGAAAGGGUGACACAAAAUGAGAGUAAAAGAAGAAAAGCUGAGGAAAGUUUGAAAAGUCAGACUUCAAAGGGAGGAGAUAAAAAGGAAUCCUCCAAGUCCUUAGUGCGACAGGGGAGCUUCACUAUAGAAAAGCCUACACCAAACAUACCCAUAGAACUUAUUCCCCAUAUAAACAAACAGACCUCAACUCCCCCCUCUUUAGCCUUAACCUCUAUAAAUCGGAUACGAGAAAGAAGUGACUCUUUGGAUACUGAUUCUAGUAUGGAUACAACCCUUAUUCUAAAAGACACUGAAGCAGUAAUGGCUUUUCUUGAAGCUAAGCUGCGUGAAGAUAAUAAAACUGAUGAAGGCCCAGAUACACCCAGUUAUAAUAGAGACAAUUCUAUUUCACCAGAAUCUGAUGUGGAUACAGCUAGUACAAUCAGCCUGGUGACUGGGGAGACUGAAAGAAAGUCAACCCAAAAACGAAAGAGUUUCACUAGUCUCUAUAAAGAUAGGUGUUCCACAAGUUCUCCUUCCAAAGAUGCUACAAAAUCAUCAUCUUCAGGUGCUAGGGAGAAAAUGGAAAAGAAAACAAAAAGUCGAUCCACAGACGUCAGUUCAAGAGCAGAUGGUCGUAAAUUUGUACAAUCCAGCGGAAGGAUACGGCAGCCUUCAGUGGAUUUAACAGAUGAUGAUCAGACCUCUAGUGUACCUCAUUCUGCCAUCUCUGAUAUUAUGUCAUCUGAUCAGGAAACUUACUCUUGCAAAUCUCACGGGAGGACUCCACUUACCUCAACUGAUGAACAUGGACAUUCCAAACUGGAAGGCAGUAAAGUAACAAAAUCCAAGAUUUCUCCUGUAGCAUCUGGUUCAUCCAGUAAAUCGACCACUCUUCCAAGGCCACGACCUACCAGGACAUCCCUCUUGCGCAGAGCCCGCCUGGGUGAAGCUUCUGACAGUGAACUUGCUGAUGCUGACAAAGCAUCUGUUGCUUCUGAAGUGUCCACAACAAGUUCCACAUCCAAACCUCCCACAGGAAGGCGAACUGUCUCUCGGAUUGAUUUAUUAGCUCAGCCUCGUAGAACAAGGCUUGGCUCGUUGUCAGCUCGUAGUGACUCUGAAGCCACGAUAUCUAGAAGUAGUGCCUCUUCACGUACCGCAGAAGCCAUCCUUAGGAGUGGAGCCAGAUUAGUACCGUCAGAUAAAUUUUCUCCUAGAAUUAGAGCUAACAGUAUCUCUCGACUCUCAGACUCCAAGGUCAAAAGUAUAAGCUCAACUCAUGGCUCUCCUUCAGUAAAUUCAAGAUGGAGGCGCUUUCCUACUGAUUAUGCUUCCACCUCAGAAGAUGAAUUUGGAUCAAACCGUAAUUCCCCUAAACAUACUCGUCUACGUACUUCUCCAGCCCUGAAAACCACUCGCUUGCAGAGCGCCGGAUCAGCAAUGCCUACUAGUUCUUCAUUCAAACACCGGAUUAAACAACAGGAAGACUACAUCCGAGACUGGACCGCUCAUCGAGAAGAAAUAGCCAGGAUCAGCCAAGAUCUUGCUCUCAUUGCUCGGGAGAUCAACGAUGUAGCAGGAGAGAUAGAUUCAGUGACCUCCUCAGGCACUGCCCCUAGUACCACAGUAAGCACUGCCGCCACCACCCCUGGCUCUGCCAUAGACACUAGAGAAGAGGUAGGAGAUCUUCAUGGAGAAAUGCAUAAGUUGGUUGACCGUGUGUUUGAUGAAAGCCUCAACUUCCGAAAGAUCCCUCCAGUAGUUAACUCUAAAACACCAGAAGGAAACAACGGCCGCUCCGUGGCUCAGCCUGCCGAGCCCCCUGAUCACUUAACAAUUACAAGACGGAGAACCUGGAGUCGCGAUGAAGUCAUGGGAGACAAUCUGUUGCUGUCGUCUGUCUUUCAGUUCUCUAGGAAAAUAAGACAAUCGAUAGAUAAAACAGCCGGAAAGAUCAGAAUAUUAUUUAAGGACAAAGAUCGGAAUUGGGAUGAAAUAGAAAGCAAGUUAAGAGCUGAAAGUGAAGUCCCUAUUGUGAAAACCUCAAGCAUGGAAAUUUCUUCAAUUUUACAGGAGCUGAAAAGAGUUGAAAAGCAGCUACAAGCAAUCAAUGCUAUGAUUGACCCGGAUGGAACUUUGGAGGCUCUGAAUAACAUGGGAUUUCCCAAUGCCAUCUUGCCAUCUCCACCAAAACAGAAAACCAGUCCUGUGAACAACCACAGCAGCCCCGGUCAGACACCAACACUUUGCCAACCAGAAGCGAGGGCUGUUCAUCCUGCUGCUAUGUCAGCUUCAGCAGAAUUUGAGAAUGCCGAAUCUGAGGCUGACUUCAGUAUACAUUUCAACAGGUUCAACCCUGAUGGGGAAGAGGAAGAUGUUACAGUACAGGAAUGACUUUCUCUUGAUUGUUAAAAAAAAAAAAAAAAUAACAGCCUGUGGAUUGACUAGGAAAUUGGAAGCAGCGUAGUGUUGACUUACACAAAACAAGACAGCUUGGUGAAACUACAAUUUGUUAUCCCUGUCUUCUUAAUUUUAUUUAUUUAUUUUUUACCUAUAGUGUGAUGCCAUAUUAAUCUUUUCAAACAAUUUAAAUACCCAUUUGACGCACACAUAGGAAAAAGGGGACUGUUCAGUUUCACCUUCUGUAGUUUUAUGAUAUUCAAAAUGGUGUUAUGUCGUUGUACCCUUUCCCAUCAUAGACCUUUGUCUUUCUUUUAAGCCAUGCUGUGACCUACAGACAAACUAAAAACUAUCCACCAUUUCUGAACCCCCAAGUCUCCUGUGCCAAGCUGCUCCUUGAAAUGGACUUCCACUUCAUCUGUACAGAUUUGUUAAACCAUUGUAUUUGCUUCUUAAUAAUAGGAUUUAUAUUAGUACUCAUUAUCACUGGACACAGUGACAUAAUACUCGCCACAGUAAAGCAGACCUUUCACAAGAAUCAUUCUGUGUCCUAAAAUUUUCCAACAUAGCUGUGAUUUAUAUAACUUGGUUGUUUCGUAAAUUGUCUUGGGGUUUACGGAGAUUAACUAUUAUGUUUGCACUAAGAUUUACUGGGAGUGGUAGGUGGACAUAAUGAUAUAUCAAUAAGGACUAACCAUCUUCUUUGUACAUAGGCAAUUGAUAAUACUGUAUUUGUUUUAAUCCCACAGUGUUUUACUCCACUUUCCAAAAAGUGAAUUUGGCACUUUUUUUCAAUUUUUUAAUGGAAAUAAGAUAUUGUCUCUCAUCUUAGGUUCAAUGAUAACUAGAAAGAUUAAACUAGACAGAUAGUUCAGGUGGAGUAUAUUUUUAAAGCUAAGAACAUGUAUAUUGGUCCUGUGUUACCAAGUUUAUAUGUGACAGUUGGAAAGAAAAAAAAAUCCCUUGAAAUGAUCAUGAGGUUAAAAUUUUCUUCAUUAGGAGACUUGGAGGACCAGUAGUCAUAAGAUUAGUUGGUAGUUUGACUCCCGAGCGAUGAAUUUCUUCUGUGUGUUUCCCUGUAGGACCCAGUAAUAAUGUCUCAGACUAGCACACUUCUAAGGACCCUGCAAGACAAAGGCUUUGGACCUGUGCUACUACUGAACAGGAAGCCUGGGAGACGCAUCCUCUGUAAGCUCUUUUUUUCCCCCAGUAAGUUCACUUUUGGAUAAGUCUAAAAAGAAAAUACUUAUCUUUGUGUUUCCAGAACACUAUAAUUUGGAUGAAUCUUAACUCAAUUAAAUAUUAUUAGACCUGUAUUUUCCCCUUGACUCCAGCAGUCUAUAAAAGAGAAACUGCAACUUUAAUGAAAUGAUCUUCAACAUUUCAGCAAUAAUCCUGUGCUACAUGUGUUUUAAGAAACAAAGUAACUACAUGUCAAAACUUUACAGGAUUUAAGAAGCCCUGUACUGUUGGACCAGUUAACAGAGAUGCAACAAACCUUCUUUUGUAGAGAUGUAAAAACAAGUCUGUUAUAUAAUGGAUCUCAUAUUUUUUUUAAUUAAAAACAAAAUAAAUGAACUCUCCUCCUUGUAAAGGUAAAUUUCUCAUUCUAUCUAUAAAGAUAGAGUUUAAAAAGGGCCUAAGAAGCAUAAAUUAAAAAAAUAUAAAUGCUCUAAUGAAAUGAAUGAAACAAUACAGGGUCGAUCCAUUUGAAGAAAAGUUGUUCAAAAUAGUCACCAUUAUUCCUCCUUUUAUUUAAAGUUUGGGUACUGAUUAUAUCCAUGUGGAAAAUGGAAGGUAAGGAAUUUAGGAAAACAUUAGCAUCUGCUCUACUUACAUUAUUGUUUAAGCGUUACACAGUUUUGUUCAGUUAUAAACAUUUGGCCUUUUACUAUGUUAUUUUUAUUUUGUAUGAAUACAUUAUUCUCCUUAUUUAUUUUUGUUACAUUUAUUACUUAUGUUAUUUUGUUAUGCAUUUUCAACUCCCAUUUUUAAAUAAAGUGUUUCUGGAACUUUA